GGUCGCAGAUCCCGAAUUGCUGUGGCUGUGGUGUAGCUGUAGCUCCAAUUCAACCCCUAGCCUGGCAACCUCCAUAUGCUGUGGGUUCAGUCCUAAAAAGGCAAAAGAAAAGGGGGAGAGAGGGUUCCAGGUGGAUGAAAGAAGUCCUUACCAGGAAAGACUUCUCUUAGUCAUGCACUUAGGCGGUAGAAAAAUAUCCCAUAGUUGAGAAUGGAUUGUGGGUGAUGAGGAUGAGGGGAAAGUCACUGAAUAGGAUGAAAAAGAAAGUCAUUGAAUGAGAUGAACAGAAACCUAGAAAAGGGAGGGAAAGACUGAUGCAGAGAUCUUUCUGGAGUGGAGAGUACCUCUAGGUUGACUUUGAAUCACCAGGUGAGCGUUUAAGAGGCUUUUAUUGUGACCCAAAGGAAACAGAAUCUGGGGACAGGCCACAAUGGUGCAGUGACAGAAUAAAGACCUGGUUGCCAGGGGUCGAGAAAUAAACCCCAGAAGCCUGGAGGAAGAGAGAUGGAGCCCUAGCUCCUGGUCUCCUUUCCCUCCCUCCUUCCCCCUAGGUUUUCUGAGAUGUAACCUUCCACCUAAACAUCAUCUUCCUGGUUUCAGACCUGAACUGUGGUCUCUGAUGUCUGCUUGGUUCCACUUUUUUCUACCCAUUUGCACAGAGGACCACCACCUUCCCUUUCUGGAAUCUCUAAGGUUUUCUGCUUUGCUUGUGCCCUAGUCAUCAGCCCAACUACCUCAGCUGAGAUGGAAGUGCCCACUCCCUCCCAAACACUUAAGCCUCCCAAUCUCAAAGCAGAGUCUUUGGACCCAAAGGUUGUCAUUGCCUUAUUUGAAAUUGGAUCACUUCCCCCUGUCUCCUGCAGUCCUCUACCUUCCCCCCCAAAUAGUAACCAUGAAGCAACUGAACAACGAAUUGCAAGGAAAUUUGAUGAUCUCUUAAAAGAAAUUAAAGAUAUUGUUCAAAACAUGACAAGUUAUGAAGAGAAGGUCAAAGAAACAAAAGAAUCUUGGGAGGAAACCAGUAUCUCUGAGGAUGUAUCAGAACUUAAAGAAAAAAUCAGAGGACUUGGUAAAAUAAAUGAAACACUGUUGAAAAAACUGCUUGGUAGUUUGGACCUAGAGAAAGAAAAUGCAAAGAAACAGGAGAUGAUGUCAGAAAAGCAGAACUCCAAGGACACAGUGCAAGGUUUUGCAAAGGAUUUGGUAAAUUGUUCAGAGGAAAAAAGAGGCCUUUGUGAAACUCACCUAAGUAAGGAAAAAGCAAGGUACGAGCUCCCUCACGUUCAAGAAGAAAAUAUCAAACUGAAGAACAGCAUGGAGCAGUUAUUGCAGGAAGCAGACCACUGGAGCAUGCAACAUACAGAACUUAGUGAACUAAUCAAAUCCUAUCAGAAAUCUCAGAAAGACAUAAAAACUCUUGAAAAUGAUGGAGCUAAGUCCCAAACUCAACCAGAUAGUGAGACGUCAGCUAAGCAUGAGCUGGAAGAACAAGUGAGGAAACUGAAACAAGACACAUAUUCAUUGCAUUUGAUUGCAGCUUUGCUGGAGAAUGAAUGUCAAAUCUUAGAGCAGAGAGUAGAGCUUCUCAAGGAACUCCAUCAUCAGAAAGAGGAACCUCUACAAGAGGAGCCAAGUCAAAUAGACUGUGAGCCAAACAAGAAAGAACAGAAGCUAUCAGAGGCAGAGAAGGUCAAAAUAUACAAGCAAAACAUGCAAAGAAUGGAAGGUACAUUUCAAAAAGGAGACCAAUUCUAUAGAAGCCUAGAUGCUUGUCAUAAAAAGAAAGCUCGUAAUAACCUGUUCAAUACUCAUCUUGCAAGAAGAGCUCUUAUAAGAAAAAAGAGGCCAGCCAGCAGCCUAAAUUAAAAAAAAAUAUCAAAUGUAGAAGAAAAAGCAAUUCUUCAAAAAACUAUAGUAGCUCCAGGCAUAAUCAAUCAUCAAACCUAGGAGAGACUGUUGGUUCAACCAAGAACUACAGAGCAAGAAGAUUAACACAGCAUUAUUCAUUACCUCAGUAGGUACGUAAGUCUGGUCCUCAAUGACCAUUACUGUCAAUUUUUUGUCAUAUUCAUCAUCUUUACAAUCUGUUUCUUUAGUUAUUAGAUAGAGAUUCUAUGACAUUUUAAUCAAAAGUGAGAAUUUGCAGGUCCAGUAAGUAAUGAUCUAAAUAAAAAAACCACAACAAACAAAGGAAAGGUUUUCCUUCUUUAUUUAAUGACCUUGGGGUGAAGUUCUGGGUGGGAAAACUAUGUAACCCUUUAAUUAUGAACCUUUAAACUCACCUUCCAAAUGCACAUUCCUUUUCCUAUUUAUUAUCCACUGAAGUGCAGGUAAUAGUGGAGUAAAAAGAAAUGCUCAUAAACCACCUUUAAAUAAUUCUUUUCAUAAAUCUCCCUAUCCCCUAGAUCUACUGUUAAUAGUACUGCUCUUUGCUCCUUGGCUAGUAGACGGUGGGCAUAUCAGGCAGCAGAGGCCCUUGGAGAAGGACAGCUUGGUUUAUUUAGAAUAGAAGAAUAGAUUUCAUUUAUCUAGAUUUUGUUCUGUACUGGAAAAUUUCCUCUCAUUACUCCAGCUAGGGGGCAGUAGAGUUACCCAGAGGAAAAAAGCAAGAUCUGUUAGAAGAGUUGAACUUUUUUUUUUUUUU